GUUUUCCCUGCCUAAAACCCUCAUCUUCCUCUCUCACUCCUCGCUCUCUCUAAACCCUAAUUCUGUUCUCCUUCCAAUUUCCUCCAAAUUAGAUAUUUUUUUGCCUUCAAAUUUAGCUAGUCACAAUGGUGCGACCAAAGACAGGCCCAAAGAAACCCAAACGCGGCGUCGAUUUCAAAAAAAUUAAGCGAAAGAUUGGCCGUAAACUUCCGCCGCCGAGAAAUUAUACCGACACUCGGAUCAAAUCCAAAGCAAUUAUUCUCCCUGAGCAGAGUGUUGCUUCAGAGAGAGCGGGUCUUGCUGUGAACAAGAAAGGCCUCACUUUGAGAGAGCUCCUUCAGCAGACGUCUCAUCACAAUGCUAAGAUACGAAAAGCUGCGUUGACUGGUAUCAAGGAUCUUGUGUUGAAGCAUCCGUUGGAGCUCAAGCUGCAUAGGCUUGUAGUAAUAGAGAAGAUCCGUGAAAGGAUUUGUGAUAAUGAUAAAAGUGUGCGAGAAACUUUGUAUCGGCUCCUGGAAAAUGAUAUUUUUCCACGCAUUAAAGAGGAUGCCACCGGGCCAAUCAUUUCCUUGCUGAUGGUCUAUGUCUUCAAUGCAAUGACUCAUAUGGCUGUUGAUGUUCGACUGAUGGCUUUCAAAUUUUUUAACCUUAUCGUUCAGAGCUUUACAUCUUCCUUCAUCCUGUAUGCUGAAAAGGUUCUUGACAACUAUAUGGAUAUUCUAAGAAACAAUCAGAUCUACUUACAUGAGAGGAGCAACCUAAAAAAUGUUCUUGAUGGCCUCCUUCGCUGCAUGUCUUCAUUGGCCAACAGGAGGGGAGCAAACUAUCAAUCAGAUGAACCGAAUAUUUUGGGGAAGAGGUAUUUGCAUGCUUAUGAAACUGUCAUACAUAAAGAUGAUACAGGGAUCAUUUCUGUUGUGAAGAAACUUGAUGACCUUGUCCCUAUACUAGUGAAUUGUUUCAGAGAAUCCACUUCUGUAAUUCAUGCAACACCUGCAUUUGAUGCAGAAUCUUUUGACUGUAUGUUAAAAACUAUCCAGUGUAUAGAUCUGGCUGUUAAAGUAUUCAUAAAAGAAAGAUAUUUGCCUUCUCCGAGUUCCGGAUUUCUUCCUACAUCAAUUUUUGCUGGACCUAACAGGAGGAACACCACAAUUACACAUUUAAGCAGGUUGUUGGAGUCAUUUCCUAUUGGGAAGAUGCCUUCCUCUACUGAAAAGGUGGAUGAGAGAUAUUUUACUUUGAAUGCCAAAAUAAUUGAGAUAGUCUUGCACCUUACUGUUUGGAUCAAUGAUGGGAGCAUUCCAAUUGAGAAAUUUCUUGAAUUCAUUGAAAGUUCAUUUGAAAGUUUACUACCUGGGAAGGUUGGGAGCCAUUUGCCAUCUAGCAAAGUGCUUCUGGAAAAACAUCUUGCUCCAACUGUAGUAUUUAUUCCCAGAUUGGUGUCACAAAUUACAGGCGAGUGGAAAACCCGUCUUCUGGAGGCAUUUACUGGUGCAUUUAAACAUUGCAAAGUUGAUUCAAAGCUCUGGCUGGCGUAUCUCUCUGCAAUUGAAGAAAUGCUUCUUCCUGUAACAAGCAAUAACAUCACAUCAGCUACGCCUAAUGAAUCUGACAUGUUGGGCUAUCAUAUUGCCUGGAUCCAACAUCUCCCUAACAUUUUGUUGAACUUAGGUGAUAAACACCCUUCUGUUUCAAAGGUUGUGUUAAAGCUUAUACUGCGAAUUGGGCAGUGGUCUCAGCAAGGAUCUCCUAUUGCUUUGGAGUAUGACAACCUGCAAUUGUCAUUAAGAGGGUUUUACAGUGGUCAAGGACUAAUGCAACAUGGUUCUUUUAUGAGGCUUCCUAGAGAUUGCCAGGAACUUGCUGUCUGUUCCCUUUAUUACAUGUCGAGCUUGAGCUCAGUUUUUCUUCAGACAUUGGUUAGCUGUUGCUUGUGUGAAGAUAUGGAGCCACUUAUGCUGUUACGAGUUAUUGAAGUUCUACAUUCAGCAUACAGAGCUGGUCAUGUGCAUAUCUCAGGUUAUAUUGGGUUCUUGGUCACCUUGGUUGCACACAAAGUUUUUCCAGAUAAGUUUUGCAUUACAGAGAGCUAUGGGAAGGUUUCAAAUCGGAGAACUCUUAAAUCUCUCAGUGGUAUUGUUUGCUCAUGCCUAUCUCAGAUGGGUGAUAGUUCCCUUGUGCUGAAAUUGCUGUGCAAGAACAUUUUUAUUGAGAUGUCAAAAAAGAUAUCUGUGGAUAACAAGUAUGGGUUGAUCAGAAUGAUAGCUAGUCUUGAUACAAGACCUACUAGACUUUCAGAGGAGAAUAUUGGCAGCCUAAGCAAUUGGCUAUUUAUCUACCUGAUUGAAGCAGCUUCUUAUAUGCCCACACAAAUUGGCAUGGAUUUUCAUUCUGAUGAGAUACAUAUAUUUCGACACUACGUACUGCCUUGCAUCUUCUUGUUUAAUGGGAGCAAGAGGCUCUUAUUUCAUGUGUUGGAGUUGUUUGAUUCUUCAAUAUUGGAGGACGAAUUCCCAGGUUUUGGACAUAAAUUAAAGCCAUUUGACAGGGUGGUUUUGAUCUGUUCUAUACUAAUCUUCAUGCAUGAUGAUGUGCGGCUGCAUAGAAGUCUUUCUUUUUGUCAAGAGGCUAUCCAAAGCGUUCUGCAGAAAGUUCUCAGCUUACUGGAGUCAAGCACAUAUGCUUUGAUGCUCGAAGAAAAGCAUAGCAUACAGACUUUAUUUCACCAGCUGAAGUGUAAAGCAAGCAAAUUGCAAUGCUCAGAUGCCAGCAAUUUGGAAAGAGUUUAACAAGUCAAGCAAACUAUACACGUGAGUUGAAAAAUAUACAGUGAAUAUGCCCUGAAGCUUUCUCAUAUUGGCAAGUGAAUUACGGAGCCACUGUGUUAGUAAUGACUACUGAAAUGUAUUCAUAUGAUUCUAUGAAACUACUCGAUGAGUUUUACUGCUAAGUGCUUAUAUUAUGAACACCUUGACCAAAUGGAUUAAUGGAUUCAUGUGGAAGUUGGCUGGGCUAGAUAUUGUGCUUAUAUUGAAUCUUGUUCAACAAGGAUUCUGGUGAACUUUGGAGGAGAUUUCAUACUAGCUCAUGCGAUAAAGCAGCGGAUUUGUAUGUAUUUGUCCAUCCUUUGUAUUGUACUAUUCACUCACUGAAAUUCUAAUAAAAUAGUGCCAUAGGUUUGAUGUUAGAGAAUGUUGCGAUGUCAUUGAUCCACAUGAUUGUAAGCUAAUGUUGGUGAAAAAGGAUACUUAUGGUCAGGGGCGGAGCCACCCUUGUUCAAAGUAGUGCACUUGAACCACCUCAAAAUUACAAAUUCCCUACAUAUAUUAUAAAUAUCAGCAAUAUAUCAAAGUGGGUCUAAUCCCAGCGGCUUAGGGAAUGGAGAAUAGAACGUUUAUGUCAAAUGGUCUUGGGUUCCAAACCUGUGCACUCCAUUUAAAAU